UUAUAAAUUCUAUAAUCUCAAUUCUAGUCAAUGUCCAAAAAUCCUCAAGUGAUCUCAAGAUGAACCUUUUGCUGGUGCUGGUGAUGCUGACAGCAUGUGCUGCAGACCCUCAAGAUAUGUCAGGAAAAAUGUUCAACUUCCCAAUUCAAGGCAACAGAGCUUACGUGAAGCUGAUUACAACACAGCGGGAGUUCAGUGCUUUAACCGUCUGCCACAGGUCCUUUACAGACCUGAAAAGAGAUCACAGCUUUUUCUCCAUGUCCACGCCUUCUCAUUUCAAUGAUUUCCUGAUUAUCUGGGAUAAUGCAAAUAAGGAGAUGGAGCCUCAUGUCAGGGAUAAAAAGGCAGAAUAUGGAGGGCGGGACUAUAAGCUAAACAUGUGGCACUCUAUUUGUACAACAUGGGACUCUGCAUCUGGAAUUGUACAGCUUUGGUUUAAUGGACAGCCUUCAAUCAGAAAAUUUCUUAGCUCGGGAUCAACCAUCAGUGGAACUCCUAUAAUUAUUUUGGGUCAGGAGCAGGAUUCCCAUGGUGGAGGAUUUGAUGCUAACCAGUCUUUGGUUGGUAUGAUGAUGGAUGUCCAUAUGUGGAACUAUGUCCUUUCAUCUUGUGAGAUCCAGAAAUAUGUUGACGAGCUAAACUUCAGUCCAGGGAAUGUGAUCAACUGGAGCGCACUGGAGUACCAGAUUUUUGACAAAGUGCUGGUCGAGAACAAAGUCACAACAUGUGACUGAAAUUUAACCAGACUGCUUAUACUUGUUUUAAAAGAGUAUGAUCCAUACACUUGCAUUUAUGUAAAAUGGAAAAGAAUGUGUUGACCCAGAUGUAUAAUGACAAAUAUUGCAGAUGAUAUUGUUUCUAUAUUUAAUGUCAGUUUACAUUUUAUUAUCUGUUGUAAUUUUGUAGUUUUACAAACACCUUAAACAUCAAAAUAAUCAGAAAACAGAAAAAAAUAAAAGCAAUUAAUCAAA